GCACAGCAAAGUUGGCAAAGCCAUUGGCACCCAUUCAAUCUCUCUCUCUCUCUCUUCUAUCUAUCUAUUUUUUUUUUUUUUUUCUCUCUCUUUCUCUCCAUGGCCUUAGCUCAAACUCGCUGUCUAAAAACAAACAAAAAACCCAAUAAAAGUCCAAUCUCUCUCAUAAUCCUUUUCUUUUAAUAGCAAUGCUGAUUUUCUGAUCACCCACCACCACCACCACCACCACCACCAAAAACGACAACGACAAUCAUUUCUCCGACGGCCGUAAUCACUCCUGCUUUAUCCUUAGCAGGAGUUCUGUGAGACAUUUCGACAAACACGUCGUCAAAUCUUUGCCAAAAAUGGGCCAACACACCCGCCGCGAAACCUUAAGCGGCCCAUAUCCAACCACAGCCCGCUCCGACAUCGGCGACAGCCUCGACGCCGACUUAGUCUGGCCCUUCGGGAAACUCCAUGGCAUCGACCGCGACGACGUGAGAGAGACAGCGUAUGAGAUCUUCUUCACGGCUUGUCGUUCGUCGCCCGGUUUCGGAGGACGAAACGCAUUGACAUUUUACUCAGCCAACAACAACGACGGUAACAAUAAUAACAAUAACAAUAACAAUGGAGGCGAAACGACGUCGUUCUUGUCGUCGUCGUCGUCGAAGCCGAACGGGGUGGUGAUGACCCCGACGAGCAGGGUGAAGAGGGCGUUGGGGUUGAAGAUGCUGAAACGGUCCCCGUCUCGGAGGAUGGUAUCGGGUGGUGGGAGUGGAAGCGGGUCAACUCCGUCGUCUCCGAGCUCGCAUUAUAAUAAUAAUGGUGGUAAUUCGGUGGUCGGGUCGUCUCCUUCUUCUUCUUCAUUGUCGUUUACGAUUCCGGCGUCGAGACCCCGACGGCCGAUGACGUCGGCGGAGAUUAUGCGGCAACAGAUGAGGGUUACCGAGCAGAGCGAUAAUCGACUUAGGAAGACGCUCAUGAGGACCCUCGUUGGCCAAAUGGGAAGGAGAGCAGAGACAAUAAUACUUCCAUUAGAGCUUCUUCGCCAUCUGAAACCAUCUGAAUUCAACGACUCACAUGAAUACCAUCUAUGGCAAAAACGCCAGCUCAAAAUCCUUGAAGCUGGACUGCUUCUCCACCCUUCUAUCCCACUUGACAAAGCCAACACAUUCGCUAUGCGUCUCAGAGACAUUAUCAGAGCAAGCCAAACCAAACCAAUUGACACCGGCAAAAACUCUGACACCAUGAGAACUCUCUGCAACUCUGUAGUUUCCCUUUCAUGGAGGAGUCCGAACGGGACUCCAACCGACGUUUGUCAUUGGGCAGACGGCUUCCCCAUCAACAUCCACCUCUAUGUUGCUCUCCUCCAAUCCAUUUUCGAUGUCAGGGACGAGACUUUAGUACUCGACGAAGUCGAUGAGCUUUUAGAGCUCAUGAAGAAGACGUGGUCCACAUUGGGAAUCACCAGGCCUAUUCACAAUGUGUGUUUCACGUGGGUUUUGUUCCAGCAAUAUGUGGCUACGUCUUUGAUCGAGCCGGACCUUCUCUGCGCUGCUCAUGCUAUGUUGACAGAGGUUGCUAAUGAUGCAAAGAAACCGGACAGAGAAGCUCUGUAUGUGAAGAUCUUGUCUUCGGUUUUGUCUUCCAUGCAAGGUUGGGCUGAGAAGAAGUUGCUCAAUUACCAUGAUUAUUUCUUGAGAGGAACUGUUAGCCAGAUCGAAAACCUUCUUCCUUUGGCUUUGUCUGCUUCGAGAAUCAUGGGUGAAGAUGUUACAAUUACUGAAGGUGCAGGGCAAGAGAAAGGAGAUGUGUUGGUGGUGGAUUCGUCCGGUGAUCGUGUCGAUUACUAUAUUCGAUCUUCAUUGAAAAAUGCUUUCACAAAGAUAAUGGAAAGUGGGCCUAUCAAAGAAAUCAAGGAAGGAAGUGAAGUUCUGCUUCAAUUAGCUAAAGAGACAGAAGAUUUGGCAUUGAAAGAGAGGGAAAGUUUCAGUCCAAUUCUGAAAAGAUGGCACACAACUGCAGCUGGUGUUGCUGCUGUGACACUCCACAACUGUUAUGGUUCUGUGUUGAGGCAAUAUCUGGGUGGGAUUUCGACCCUAACGAAUGAAACAGUUGGAGUGUUGCAGAGAGCUGGAAAGCUUGAGAAGUUGCUGGUUCAAAUGGUGGUUGAAGAUUCUGCUGAGAGUGAUGAUGGAGGAAAAUCAAUUGUUAGAGAGAUGGUUCCUUAUGAAGUUGACUCUAUCAUAAUGAACCUUUUGAAAAGGUGGAUUGAUGAGAGAUUGAAGAAAGGUACAGAGUGCCUAUGCAGAGCAAAAGAAACAGAAACAUGGAAUCCAAAGUCCAAAUCUGAACCAUAUGCACAAUCGGCUGUGGAGCUAAUGAAAUUGGCAAAGGAAGCUGUGGAGGAGUUCUUUGAAAUCCCAAUUGGAAUUACUGAAGAUUUAGUUCGAGAUCUUGCUGAUGGUUUAGAGCAACUUUUCCAAGACUAUGCUGCAUUUGUUGCAUCAGCUGGUUCCAAGCAAAGUUAUAUCCCUGCACUUCCACCACUAACCAGAUGCAACAGGGAUUCGAAGUUCAUCAAGCUAUGGAAGAAAGCUAGCCCAUGUUCUACUGUUGCAGAUGAUUUACACCACACUGGAUCCAAUGAAGGCAAUCAUCCUCGCCCUUCAACAAGCAGAGGAACACAGCGUCUCUAUAUCCGUCUCAACACAUUGCAUUAUAUUCUUUCCCACCUGCAUUCCCUUGACAAAGCACUCUCUCUUUCCCCAACAGUCAUCCCUUCAACUCGUAUUCGUUUCAGCAGCUUCCGAAGGUCUCACAGCAACUCCUCUUCCUACUUCGAACUGGCCACUUUGUCAAUCCAAGGAGCCUGCCAGCAUGUUUCAGAAGUUGCUGCCUACCGUCUCAUCUUCCUAGACUCAAAUUCUGUCUUCUACGAAAGCCUUUACAUUGAUGAUGUAGCUAAUGCAAGAAUUAGGCCAGCUUUGCGAAUUCUCAAGCAGAAUCUCACCCUCUUGAGCGCAAUUCUCACUGACCGAGCACAGGCAUUGGCAAUGAAGGAAGUGAUGAGGGCUGCCUUUGAGGCAUUCCUUAUGGUGUUGCUUGCAGGAGGAAGUGCCCGGGUGUUCUACCGCUCCGACCAUGAGAUGAUUGAGGAAGAUUUCGACAGCUUGAAGAAGGUAUUCUGUACAUGUGGAGAGGGAUUGAUAGCAGAAGAUGUGGUGGAGAGAGAGGCUGAGAUUGUCGAGGGAGUGAUAGCAUUGAUGGGGCAAUGUACUGAGCAAUUAAUGGAAGAUUUCAGCAUUGUGACAUGUGAAACCAGUGGGAUUGGAGUUGUGGGCGGUUCAACACAAAAGCUUCCAAUGCCUCCAACAACAGGAAGAUGGAACAGAUCAGAUCCAAAUACAAUCCUGAGGGUCUUGUGCCAUAGGAAUGACAGAGCAGCAAACCAGUUCUUGAAAAGGACUUUCCAACUAGCAAAAAGAAGGUGAAUCCAAAAUCAAUUGAGAGAAUGUACAUUCUUCCUGGAAAUUUUUUCAUUCAGAGGUAUAAAAAAAUUAAAAAAAAAAAAAAAAAAAAAAAAAAAAAGAAAGGAAAAGAAAGAAAGGUGAUUCUUUUAGAAAGGUGAUCCUUUUCUUCUUCUUCUUCUUCUUUUUUAUUUUUCUUUUUUUCCUGGUAUAUAUUUGUAUAUUUGGGGUGAAUUUCUAGCUAUACUGACUUUCCAGCCCUGUAACCAAAAAAAAAAAAAAAAAAAAAGGAGAGAGAGAGAAUUUCAAGGAAAAAUGUGAGGAGCUUUGUAUCCUAAUUUCACUCAACUUCUAAUGCUAAAUCAAGAUCAUGCUGGGGGGUCAAAAAGAUCAUUUGUACUAAUUUCUUUUGUCAUUUUUGUUUUUGCAUCUUUAGGCAUUGUUUGUUACUUCUGCAGAACGGGGAAAUGUCGGGCCACGGGUAGUAUAAAAGUUUAGUUUUGUACAUUGUCCCAUGAUAUAUUUACCCUUUCUAUUUUGAGGAAAAGGAAAACAAAAAACAAUGAAAGGUAAUGUUGAUAAUUUCAAUUUCUAAGCAAA